AUGCCUCCUCAUGUGGACCCAACACCGAGUGGGGUUGUUUUUGAGACAGAUACUCAGACUGCAGACUUGGGUCUCGAUAAAGAUGUAUCCGUGCUAAAGAACGCUACGCCUAGAAAAUACGAAUACGUAUGGUUUAACAUAUUCUGGUUCUUAUUUUUGCACAUCGGUUCUUUAUACGCAAUCUACUUAGGAUUGACGUCUGCGAAAUGGCAGACUAAUGUGUUUGCAUUUGUGGUCCACCUCAUGUGUGCAACGGGAAUUGGUGCUGGAUCACACAGACUCUGGACACAUAGAAGCUUCAAAGCACGAACUCCACUUCGCAUCCUUCUUAUGAUUUGGCAAACUAUGGGUUUCCAGGACAGCAUAUUCGAAUGGGCCCGAGACCACCGCACUCACCACAAAUACGCAGACACUGAUGCCGAUCCCCACAACGCUGAACGAGGUCUGUUCUACUCCCAUAUGGGGUGGCUCUGUGUCAAGAAAUUGCCGGAAGUUGUUGAAGGCGGACGUCGUCUUGAUCUCAGUGAUCUAUACGCCGAUCCUGUUGUUAUGUUCCAAAGAAAACAUUACUUGAAGAUAAUGCCGAUCCUGUGCUUCGUGCUACCGACCGUCAUUCCCGUUUACUUUUGGAAUGAGACUUGGCUCAAUGCUUUCUUCAUACCCACAAUCCUUCGAUACACGUGCGGUAUUAAUGUAGUCUGGAGUGUAAACAGUUUCGCUCACAAGUUUGGAUAUCGACCUUAUGACAAGUCACUGAAUCCCCGGGAAAACCUCGCCGUAUGGAUGAUUUGCGUAGAGGGUUUCCAUAACUACCAUCACACAUUCCCAUGGGAUUACCGCGCGACUGAGCACCCUAUUCUAAAUAUGCUUACACCAACUAUUAUGUUUAUUGAGGCCAUGGCUAAGAUCGGACAAGCUUAUGACUUGAAGGCAGUUACACCUGAAAUUAUAAAACAGAGAGCUCAACGUACGGGAGACGGAACACAUCACCUUUGGGGAUGGGACGAUCCUGAAUUUACAGAAAAAUUAAAAUCACGUUAUAGCGUUGUUUAUAAUGCAGAAAAAAAAACUGCUUAGUCUAUAAAUAAAAUCAAUUUUAUUAAUUGU